AUGGCGCGUCUCCUCAACGCCGUCGCGGCAGCCACCGCUCUUCUCGUGGGCGUCGCGACCGCCAUUGACCGCGAGCCCCACCAGCCCUCCGGCGGCGGCGACAAGAUUGUCACCUGGAAUGAGACCGUCGUCUCUCCCCGCUUCGGCGCCAGCGCCCGCUCCGUCAGCUGGCUCUCCGGCACAGACGACGGCCGCUAUAUUGAACAGGACGACGCCGGCCUUGUCAUCGUGGACAUCAUCUCAGGCGAUAACAAAACCUUUGUGUCUGCCGACAAGUUCCCCGCUGGUGUACAUGAGUACUGGAUCCGCCCGGACCUGAAGAAGGUGCUCUUCGCCACAAACUACACCAAGCAGUACCGCUACUCGUACUUUGCGGACUACUCCAUUCUGGACGUCGAGUCCGGCGCCCUCCAGCCUCUGCUGCCCGAGGCGCUCGGAGAUGUCCAAUACGCCGAAUUCGCACCUGUUGGCGACGCCAUUGCAUUUGUUCGCGGCAACAACCUCUACCUCAGCAAGAACGGCACCGUCUCUCAAAUCACCAACGAUGGUGGCCCGGAUCUGUUCCACGGCGUCCCCGACUGGGUCUACGAGGAGGAGAUCUUCGGUGGUCGCAGCACGCUGUGGUUCUCCCCCGACGGAGAGUACGUUGCCUACCUGAGCUUCAACGAGACCGGCGUCGAGACCUUCACCAUCCCCUACUACAUGGACAACCAGAAGAUCGCUUCCCCGUACCCCAAGGAGCUGGACCUGCGCUACCCCAAGGUCGGCAGCACGAACCCGACCGUCCAGCUGACCGUGCUGGAGGUCGGCAGCGAGAAGUCCACUCCCGUCACCAUCGACGCGUUCCCCGCUGACGACCUCGUCGUCGGUGAGUUGAAGUGGGUUACGAAGAACCAUACCAGCUUCGUCUACCGUGCCUUCGACCGCGUUCAAGAGCAAGAGAAGGUUGUUCGUGUCGAUGUCGAUGGCUACGCAUCCCAGACUAUCCGUGAACGUGACGGUUCUGACGGCUGGCUGGACAACAACCUGGCCAUUGAGUACAUCGGCCCCCUGCAGAACACUACCGACGCGUACUACCUCGAUCUGUCCGACCAUACUGGCUGGAAUCACUUGUACCUGUACCCCGUCAAGGGCGGCGACGCCAUCCCUCUGACCAGCGGCGAGUGGGAGGUCGUGGCUGUGGUCAAGAUCGAUACCGAGCGACAACUCGUCUACUUCCAAUCCACCGAGCACCACAGCACCGAGCGUCACCUCUACUCCGUGUCUUAUCCUGCGGGCACCAAGAAGGCGCUCGUUGACGACAAAGUCGAUGGCAUGUGGAGCGCUUCCUUCUCUGCCUCGGGAGGUUACUACAUCCUCAGCUACCAGGGCCCCAACGUCCCCUACCAGGAGCUGUACGCCAUCAACUCCACCGAGCCAAUCCGCACCAUCACCAGCAACGACGCCCUCGUCGCGCGCCUCAAGGAGUACAAGCUGCCCAACAUCACCUACUUCGAGCUCACCCACCCCGACGGAUACUGCCUGAACGUGAUGCAGCGUCUCCCCGCCAACUUCGACCCCUCCAAGAAGUACCCUGUCCUCUUCACCCCCUACGGCGGCCCCGGCUCGCAGCAAGUCACGAAGCGGUACCAGACCAUCAGCUGGUCGGCCUUCAUCUCCUCGGACCCUGAGCUCGAGUACAUCACCUACACCGUCGACAACCGCGGCACAGGCUACAAGGGCCGCGCCUACCGAUCCCUCGUCGCCGGCCACCUCGGCCGCCUCGAGCCCCUCGACCAGAUCUGGGCCGCCGAGCAGCUGGCAUCCAAGAACUCCUUCGUCGACGCCGGCAAGAUUGGCAUCUUCGGCUGGUCAUACGGCGGAUACCUCUCGGCCAAGGUCGUCGAGCAAGACUCGGGCGUCUUUUCCCACGCGCUAAUCGUCGCGCCCGUUAGCGACUGGCGCUUCUACGACUCGGUCUACACGGAGCGCUACAUGAAGAGCCUGGGCGAGAACGAGGAGGGCUACAACGAGACGGCCGUCCGCAACCCCGCCGGCUUCAAGAACAUUGCCGGCGAGUUCACCAUCCUCCACGGCACCGGCGACGACAACGUGCACUACCAGAACGCCGCCGCGCUCAUCGACCUAUUGGUCAGCGCGGGCGUGCCCAACGACAAGAUGAACUGGCUCUCCUUCACCGACAGCGACCAUAGCAUUGCGUACAACGGUGCAAACAUCUGGCUGUACAAGUACAUGACGGAGGCGUUGUUCCGUGAGAAGAAACGCUCCGGCGACCGGUUGGUGCACCAGUGGACCAAGAAGUCCGACGCGAGCUUCGACUUCGAUCGGGAGUAG